AUGGGUCUCGCGGAUUUCAUGAAAGGUGGCGAACACGAAGCUGCCGCUUCGGAAAUAAUGAACAUGGACAUCAGCACUGAGCUAUCUGCUCCAUUGGUCGCCAAGCACCUUGUAUACCAAGCUGCUGGGGGGUACGACAAGGUCUGCGAAGCGCGGGGCAAGCCUGAAUCAAUCGAAAAGGCGCAGGAAAUGAUGUCACUCUUUUGGACGGCCUUCCUUGCAAAAUUCAUUGAAAAUGGUGUCAAGAUCGACAAUGAGGCCGAGGUAAAGAGUGAGGCCGAGAGACUGUCAAAACAGGUACUCAUUGAUUCUGGGGAGUAUCAAAGUUAA